CCGCAGAUCAAUGAACUGAGCGAAACAGACGGGCUGGUCAAGCCGACUAUAGCAAGCGUCCGUGGGAUAUAAACUGCUCAUGCUAUUAUUUCUUCCCUUGUCUAAAAGAUACGUCAAAGUGAGACUCUAUGACAGCACUGCUCCGUCUCUAUGGUUUAUAGAGCCACUGAUACAACUUUACCCUCCUGGAUACACGAGAACGUACGCAAUAGAAACCUUUGGUAGAAAUUUAUUCAUCCUUCAGUGGAUAUUCGUUUGUUAAGGAUGAUUUUUGCUAAUUCUGGACACACGUUGAGGACAUCGCAUAAUCGUAAACAGCCCCCUGUUGGCCCCGCCUUCCACCCGAUGGCUCCGCCCAGUCCUGGCACCAACAGCAGCACCAAUCACAGCAGCAGCAGCAGCAGCACAGCCGGCUGGGAGCAGCUCAGUAAAACGAACCUCUACAUUCGUGGUUUACUGCCAACUACCACUGACCAUGACCUGGUCAAGCUCUGCCAGCCAUAUGGAAAAAUCGUAUCAACCAAGGCCAUCUUAGACAAAACCACGAACAAAUGCAAAGGUUAUGGCUUUGUAGACUUUGACAGCCCUGCUGCUGCUCAGAAAGCCGUCAGCGCUCUGAAGACCAGCGGAGUUCAGGCACAGAUGGCAAAGCAACAAGAGCAGGACCCCACUAACCUUUACAUAUCUAAUCUGCCGCUGAGCAUGGACGAACAGGAGUUAGAGGCCAUGCUGAAGCCCUUCGGACAGGUCGUGUCCACACGCAUACUGCGGGACACCAACGGGGCCAGCCGAGGGGUCGGAUUCGCAAGGAUGGAGUCGACAGAGAAAUGUGAAGCUGUCAUCUCUCACUUCAACGGGAAAUAUCUCAAAACCCCAGCUGGAGUUAUGGCCCCAUCAGAGCCCUUGCUGUGCAAGUUUGCGGACGGAGGCCAGAAGAAGCGUCUGAGUCAAAAUAAAUAUGCGCAGAACGGACGAGCCUGGGCCAGAGAUGGAGAGACCAGACUUACUGGAAUGACACUCACAUACGACCCAAACACAGCUGCUAUGCAAAAUGGAUUCUAUCCGACUGCCUACAGUAUUACAAACAGAAUGAUGACACAGACCCCACUUUCUCCUUACAUCACUCCUAUGUCCACAUACCAGGUACAGAAUCCAUCCUGGGUCACCCAUCAGCCCUACAUCAUGCAGCAUCCGGGAGCAGUGUUAUCGCCCUCUAUAGAUCACUCCAUGUCUCUGCAGCCUGCGUCCAUGAUGAAUCCUCUCACUCAGCAGAUGAGUCACCUCUCUAUGGGCAGCGCAGGAACGUAUAUGACAGCGAGUCCAGCUCUCCAGGGGCCGUACAUCCCUCAAUACUCUCACAUGCAGACCACCACCGUCUCAGUAGAGGAGAACAGUCCACAACCUCAGGUGGAAUCGUCCAGUGAUCAUUCACCGUAUACCUAUCAGCAGGCCAAGUGAUGAAGAGGGUUCCCGGGGUUCGAGAGAACGAAAGGAGACGACUGCUAAAUCAAUAACAGCUUCCUCUGAAGCACCGGCUCUACCGAUGAAUCGACUUUUUGCACAGGUUCUACGAUGAGUUCCUCGGUUUUUAUAAUAAAACUACUUCAACUAUUUUGGUAUAAGUUCCAUUAGGUGCAAAUCAAGGAUUCAUUUCAUCAGAGGAUGCUGACAAAGAGAAAACAAAAUGGGAAGAAAAAGACAAGUUUUAUUUUACUAAGGAAACAACGCUUAUUUUUUACCAAGGACCGUCACGUAGAUGCAGGAACUUCAUCAUCAUGGAGAUUCUUCUUAUUUUUAUGAUUUCAGAUUCGUUUUUUCUCUUUCUCUCUCUUCUUUUGUACUGAAACAGACGUUUGUUUUUAGAGAUUUAUCAGCCGGACAUCCUGAGAAAGAUGCGUUUGUGCUUGUGGUGUGAGUGUUGUUGAUGUGUUUUUGUCGUGUGCUUCAUCUUUUCGGUCUGACCGAUCUGUCCGUCUUUUACGAUUUGCCUUAAACUCUUUCCCGUACAGCAGCCGAAGAAAAGCCGUCCGGCCGCUGCCUUGUAAAUCAGCUGAAUAGGGCUUUUUUAGCAUCUCGCAGAGUAAAAUUUUUGCCGUGCUUGGAUUUCGGUGUUUUGCUUUUUCCGAUCUUUUCGAGUGACACUGAUGGAGUUUUAAUAGGAUUUAAUGUUUUUAUAAUCAGAGGUGACGACGAGCCUUUGGUUGUUUGAAUGUGGUAGAAAUUCUGCUGAACGAUCACAUUUUUGAUAAUUGCCUUUUCGUUUAUAAAUCUCGGUGUUGUAGUUUAGCUUUAGAUGAACUCGUGUGGGAGGGGGAGGAGCUUUGUCUUGUAUUCUAAUGAGGGGGCGGGAUGGAGGCGUGGCCUGUCAGUCAGAUCGAAUAUCGUUCAGAGUAAAACCUCCCGUGGUAACUUUCAGCAGCAGGCUUCUUCAGGAGAGGUGACAGUGUAGAUUUUAGUGCUCGGUUUAUUAUAGCAGACAAACAAAUCUCGGCACUUUCAAGUUUACUUCACCAAAGACAGUGACGUUGUUUUCUCUCGAGGCAGGCCACGCUGAGACUUUAUAACAGACUAGGUUGCAGUUGUGGAGAAUGUGCCUUCUUUGUACAUAUGCAUUCAGCUGUCUUUAGUUGGCGAGAUGCGGACACCGAUUUGAAGGAUGAUUUGGAUCCGGCAAGUGCCACAAACUAAACGAAGACAUCACUACAGAGCGGAGACAACUGAAACUAAAACAUGGAACGAGGACAGAUUGAAACGACCGCGCCAUUCCAAAACCCUCGUGAGCUGCCUACAUAGUUCAGUAAUUCUGCACGAUCCACAUGCAUCGUGCAAAUAGAUUUCACUGGAGUUUUGCAUUGGAAUAUUAGCAGUAAAAUCACAGUUCAAAGCACAGAAAAAUAUUAGUUGUUUUUAAUUAGAAUUGAACUAUUUUUACCCUAUUUUCAACAGUUUUGAGAUGAAUUUUUCACCUAAAAUGCAUCAUGAAUUUGUCUUUAACCUGUUAACUGUCAUUCACGUUUUUGAAGAUAGACUUGAAUGUGCAUGAUACAAACCUAAAUUUUUAUAACUCAUGACUGAAAACAUUUUGUAACAUGAUUUUGAUGUGCCUUUUACAUGGUAAUGCAAUGUCUGAUUUUAAAAUGGGUUUUAAAGGAUACAUUUUGAGAUUUUAUGUUUUCAAGUGAUAUAUAACUUCUGAUGAUUUCUAAAAUGUGAUAGAGAAAAAGGCAACGAGGAAGUCUUUUUUUUAAACAAAGGUCAAAGCUCCUUUUGUAAUGUAGAUUUCUGAGGGUGCACUCUUGUCAUAAAAUAAUCUAUUACUUUUCCUACAUAAUUUUUAACAAAAAAUAUUGGUAAAAUAUAUAUUUGGGAGUCUUAGACCUUUCCAACGAUAUAUAGUUUGUCAAGAUUAGAUUAAAUUUGAUCGUAAUAUAGUAUAGUCAACGUAGGCGUCCCGUAUACGGGACGGGGUGACAGUUAGCAGGUUAAGUGAAGGAUAUGUGUGAUGCUUCCAAAAGUAGAUUUCAAACUGCCUAUGUACCGUAUUUUGUGGAAAAUACGGCACGCUAUAAGUCACACCGGGUCAAAAUUGCAUUGUUGAGAAAUAAAAAACACAGAUACUGUAAACUGCAGUUUUAUUAUUAAGUUCUUAAUAAUGUAAAAUACAGGUGCGUUAUGUAAUUGCAUUAUACACGUUGUUUUGGUGUAUAUAAGUCACACCGUGGCAAAAUUGAGAAGGAAAAAAAAGGCAGAUACUUCGCAAUUUUAUUACAUUUGGAAACAGUGUAAAUUUACAAACAUAAACACUAUAAGCAUGUGUUUUAGUUCUCCUCGCCACACAAUGAAUUCUUUAAAUGUGAUGCAAUUUAGAACAGGAAUGAAAAAUGUAAGUAUAAAGCAAACAUUUACUAUAAACAUCAAACAUAUAACUCCAACCAACAUGUUUUGCAUGCUUGAUUUUAAUAAUUGCAUCAUAUAAAUAGUUUAUACAGUCACACACACACACACACACACACACACACACACACACACACACACAUAUAUAUAUAUAUAUAUAUAUAUAUAUAUAUGCAACAUGUUUCAGGUAAUAAAAAAAAAACAGAUUUUUCUGGAAAAUACAGUUGGCAGCUCACAAGGUUUUAGGACACAGCCUUUGAAAUAAUAAUCGCAUCCAUUACAGGAAAAUGUUUUUAUUUUCUUUUAAACUCACAAUAUAGUUUAUUAAGGCUUUAUUCAUUAAUUUGUCUUCCAAAAGACUGUGUUUUUGACCUGGUGGGUCUUGUUGACCGGUUAUCUACCUCAGAGUUUUGUUGUCCUCUGUUUUGAUUGGUCGGGCAGCAGGUUCAGCCCGCCCCUCCAGACCAAACGGCCAGCUCUGGAGCUGCCCACAAACACUUGAUUUCUGUCAGGUUUUUUGUUUUUAAAUACUUUAAUCCUCUUCUUCUUCAAACAGAUUUUUUUUAUCGUUAUAAGGAACGUUGUGCGUUGAAAGUGUCGUUGUAGUGUUGUUUAGCAUUCAGAUUCAUCGUUUCAGAAGCAAAAAAAAACUGCUGCUUUUCAUCACGAGAUAUUCCAGUAGUCCAUAGGAAGUAGACAAGAAAGUGUGCGCGAGAGAGAGACAGAGCCGAUGAGGAACAGCGAUGCUGAAAGUUGUGUUUUUUCAGAGACAUCACUGUUGUAUUGAAGCUUGUUUCUAUCACGGAAUUAAAAAAAAUAUACUUUUUUUUCUCUGAAUUCUCGGUUUUUCGAGCUCAGUAUAAUAAGUUAAUUGCAACUUUUUUAUCUCACAAUUCUGACUUUUUCCCGUUUUAAUUUCCACCACAGAAUUAAAAACUAAAAGUAAUUGCAACUUUUUAUCUCACAAUUGACUUUUCCCCUCUGAAUUCUGUUAAUUCUGAAUUCUAAAUUCAUCUUAAAAAUUCUGUUUUUGUUUCCUCCACAGAAUAAAAUCUAAAAGAGGUAAUUGCAACUUUUUAUCUCAGGAUUUUGUCUUUUGUCAUGCAAUUUCAAACUGAUAUGUCGCCAGGUCAGAUUUUUUUUCUCCAAAUUAUACAUUUGUAAUUGCAAGUUUAUAUUUCACAAUUCUGUUUUUAUUUUUUUCCACCCAGAAAAUAAAAGACAGGUCACUGUGACUUUUCAUCUUUUCACUCAAAAAUUCUGAAUUUUUUUUCCUCACAAUUGCAAGUUAAAUUCUUGUAAUUCAGACUUUCUCUGAAUUCUAAGUUUACAUGUCAGUUUGUUUGUUUUUUAAUAAAUAAGGUAAGUGCAACUUUUUAAUCUCACAUUUCAGAGUUUUCUUUAUAUUUUGCAAUUGCAAGUUAACAUUACAUCAUUCUGUCUGUUUUUUCAGAAUUGCAAGAAUAAAAAGUUAAGAAUUGUGAGGGGGAAAUAAAGUCAGAAUUGUGAUUGCAAACUUUUAGAAGUUUAGAACUUACAACUGCAUGAUAUAAACUCACCAUGUGAGAGAGAAAAAAUAUAGAAAUUUGCCAUUGCAAGGAAAAAAGUUGUUAGAUACAGUAUAAACUCAUAACUGCAAGAAAAAAAUCUGAAUUGUGAGGAAAAAGUCGCAAUUUGCUUUUAUUAUUAUUAUUUUUUUUUUUCGGUGUCAGAAACAAGCUUCUAUACUGUUGCUUUCAGACCGAGUCCAGCGUUAUCUGCGGUGCUCAGCUCACAGCCGAGUCCAUUCUUGACGUGCAUCUGUGUGUGUGUGUGUGUGUGUGCGUGUGUGUGUGUGUGGAGUUCUUGUGUGGCUCAUGCUGCUAGUAACAUCCGAAUCCGAAGUGCCAAUCUGUGUCUGGGUCAAAGAGUUGGAAAGGCUUGUUGUGCAGAGAGACAUUGCUCAUGAAUAUGAAAAAUCAUGUACUAGACAGCCAUUAAGUUAUAUGAAAAGUAAUAAUUUAUGAAGAGAGACGUUUUGUAUAGACUGUUUGAAAAAUAAAAACCAAUAAAAAGAUUUUGAUAGAGAUGUCUAUAUGAGAGUUGAUUUUGUAAUUUCUUCCUCUGUUUUCGAUGUCAGCGGUAUCUUGUACAUUCGGUUUAUCAGAAACCUGCCUCUGUAUCUGUUUCUUUUAUUUUCUGAGUGUUUAAGCCAAAAAAAAAGAAAAGUUUUCUCCCUUUUCCUCUUUGUUUUUCUAGUAGAUUGUUAAUUAAGCUUUAUUUCUGUUAUUUUCUUUAAGAACUUUUGAAUAAAAACACAUUUUUGUUUUA